AUGUCGGACCCUACUCCAGCUCCUACCACCUAUUACAACACUUGGCCGGAGGGCCGCGGACGUGGCGCCUCCGCCACCCGCCAACUAGCCCCCAUCACUCGCGCCACUGUCGUCCAGGAGGUAGCGGCUCCACCACCUUCGUCACCAGCCGAAGAGGAAGAAAUCCAAAGCUAUGAGAGCUCCGACACAGAACAGCCAGAGCCUACACCACCACCUCGUCCACCUAAAAGCAACGCUGUGCGAUACCGCCUUCUUACACCCGAAGAGACCGUGGCAUUGGUCCACGAGCCACCGCCGCUGCCCCCGCGCAGGCGCCCCGCCCCCGCCGCUCCCCGCGGUGGCCGUCCCCCGAUCCCCCUGCCUCGCAGCCUGCCAGCCCCGCCGGCGGCUCAGCGGGCUCGGCCUCAGUCUCCCACCGAGCCAUCUCCAUCUCCCCCUUCCUCUUCCAUGUGA